GCCUCGGUCGAGCCCCCUUUACCGCCCUGUCAGUGUGGAGGAGAAGGAGAGAGAGAGAGAGAGAGACUGAGUGAUAGAGAAAGCGCACACGAGAGUAAGAGAGAGAGAAACUCUGUGACAGAGGGAAAGAGAACGAGGCAGGCUGCUUAGAGGAGUGAGAGAGCCAAGGACGAAAUAAGGAACACGUUUUACAAGUGCAGGAAGAGGGAGGAUCGCAGACGAGGGACUCGUUCUCUACUGGGCACCUGGGACACAGUCACUGUGUUUUUUUUUUCCCCCACCCGUCUUCUAUCUGGAACCCGGUGGAUUGACUUACCAACCGGUGGAUUUUGUAAUACACGCUUGUGUCACAUCAUUUAGAAACUGGGGUCAUUUCUCUGUGUUAUCUUCCCUCCAGCUGGCUCGACCGCUACAGACUGAGAUUGCUUUCUGUGUCUGCGCUCUCGUGUUGUGAUUCUGCUCCGUGCACAAAGUGCAUCUGUCGGCAACCGGUGCGGAGGAUAUCUACCCUCUGUCAAACAGGACAGCACGCAGCCACCGUCGGAUCAGACUACAGAGGAGAGAGAGAGAGAGAGCGAGAGAGAGAGAGAGAGACAGUGUGUAUGUAAGAGAGGGACAGAGAGAGAGAGAGAGGCAGUGAGAGAGAGUCAGAUUCACAGUGUGUCUGAGAGAGAGGCAGAUUAAAGCCCACGCGAAAGACUAGAGUGAAACAGCUCAAAUAGAGAAGUGAACCUAUACGUCCUCUCCCGUUUUCCUUGCCAUCCCUUUCCUCCUCCUGUCCUCCUCUUCUUCCUUCUCCCAUUUUCCAACAUUCACAGGACUGCCAGAGCUACUGCCACCUGCACCUCUUCACGUCUUCACUUUCCUCUUCUUCCUCACCGUUAUCGCUCGACACUAUCCGAUACCAGUCACUGACGGACACAGUGCUUUUGGUUCUAGCUCUCGUGGAAAUAUUUCCAUUGAUCCAGCAGUGAGAGACUGAGUGAGCAUCCACCCGAUACUGAGGCUCUGGACCAGUUCGUCAGGAGCUUCCCCAUCAGAAGCAGACCUUCUCCCAGCUGCUGUCCAGCACGCAGAGCCUGUCUUCUCCCUGGAGAACUGGCUAGCGACACAGUGGUGCGGACAGCAAAGACAGGAAUCGCACAGCCCCUCCGCUGCCUCUAUUCCAUUGCUAGCUACUUGGCAGCUUCCGCCCCUGUGUCACCAUUCCCUGCCUCAGUGCUAAGGAUUCCAGCUACAUGGGCAAGCGAUUGGAGCAGCAGCCAAUGUACCCUCAGUACACCUACUACUACCCCCACUAUCUCCAGACCAAGCAGCCCUAUGCUCCACCCCCUCAUCCCAUGGCUCCUCCCAGCCCUAGCACCAACAGCUGCAGCCAGGGAGGGGUGGAGCAGCUGAGUAAGACCAACCUGUAUAUCCGAGGCCUGCCACCUGGGACCACCGACCAGGACCUCAUCAAACUCUGCCAACCGUAUGGAAAAAUAGUGUCAACCAAGGCCAUUCUGGAUAAGAACACCAACCAGUGCAAAGGCUAUGGCUUUGUGGAUUUUGACAGCCCAGCUGCAGCACAGAAGGCCGUGUCGUCUCUCAAAGCCACCGGGGUGCAGGCCCAAAUGGCCAAGCAACAGGAGCAGGACCCCACCAACCUGUACAUCUCCAACCUGCCGGUGUCUAUGGAUGAGCAGGAGCUGGAAAACAUGCUGAAGCCCCUGGGCCACGUCAUCUCCACGAGGAUACUGAGGGAUGCCAACGGGGUCAGCAGAGGAGUUGGCUUCGCCAGGAUGGAGUCCACAGAGAAAUGUGAAGUAGUGAUACAGCAUUUCAAUGGAAAAUACCUGAAAACCCCACCAGGCAUUCCAGCCCCCACGGAGCCUUUGCUGUGCAAAUUUGCCGACGGAGGGCAGAAGAAACGCCAGAGCCAGAGCAAGUACCCUCAGAACGGGAGGCCGUGGCACAGAGAAGGCGAGACUGGCAUGGCGUUAACAUAUGAUCCCGCUGCAAUGCAGAAUGGGUUCUACUCCUCGCCUUACAGCAUCGCUACCAACCGCAUGAUUGCACAGACCUCCAUCACGCCCUUCAUCGCUGCUUCCCCCGUUUCCACAUAUCAGGUCCAGAGUACGUCAUGGAUGCCUCAUCAACAAUAUGUUAUGCAACCUACAGGUGCAGUGAUCACGCCAGCCAUGGACCACACUAUGUCCAUGCAGCCUGCCAGCAUGAUGGGCCCUCUCGCCCAGCAGAUGAACCAUCUGUCCCUGGGCACUACAGGAAGUUAUAUGACUGCUGCAGCUGCCGCGGCGCCUAUGCAAGGGACCUACAUUCCCCAGUACACUCCUGUGCCUCCAACAGCCGUCCCUGUCGAGGGAGUGGUGACGGACGGCUCCCCCCAGACAGUGGCUCCCUCGUCACAGGAGGUGGCUGGCCAGCAGCAACAGAUCCAGGUGGACAGUGCUGGCGAACAUGUUCCUACAUACUCAUACCAGUCCAACAACGGCCUGAGCAAAUGUUCCUGUGACAGCAUUGCCUUGAGACAGAAGGUGGCUGCACUGUGAGUGUGAGGAAAAGAAAAAAAAAGAAAGAGAUUGCUUCCAGAUUGCCCAGGCACCAAAAAAGAGACACUUUUUUCAUUUCCUACCUGGCCUAUGAGAAAAAAAAAGAAAAAAGCAGCAAGAAGGAGGCAAAGAGUGCUGAGGAGGGGGAUGAGAAAAUUGCUGGGCACAGUGCAAAGAAGUAAAAUUGUUUAGUCUGGGAACCUGCCUGAAGGGCUGGGCUGAAGAUUGAAAAGUUUCUCAAAGAAAUUCUCAACCAAUUAAAAAAAAAAGAAGAAAAAAAAAUAGUAAGACAAAAUGACAAAAAAAUAAAAGGUUGAAUGUGCAGGUAGGUGAUGAAGUUUAUUUUGUAAUUAGAAAAGGGGAGUCAAGUUUGAGAUACACACAGAUUGUCUUCCUCAGAUAUUAAGCUACAAUUUCUUUUCACUCUUUUUUAUGUUCUAGUGUUAAAUUUUAGUUUUCUAGAUAUAUUCAAAAACAAAGUGUUUUUUCUUUCUUGAAUCUUCAUGGCCUUAAUUUGAAGGGCGUCGGAAACUUUUUACAGAGUUAAAGUCUGACGUCUGGUUAGGGUGGGGGGGAAGCAAAUGAAAUCAGUCUCUUGGACCACUUGGAGGGUCAAGACACUGGAUGAGUUGUUCUAAAGAGGAAAAAAAAGAAUCUAUCACAUAAGCUGUACAGAUUUAAUAGAGAAGAGCUUUUUUUCUUUUCUUCAUUAGAAGAAAACUUUGAUAAUUAUUAUGUCAGAGGUAACUAAGUGUCAGAAGAAAACAAAAUGUCUGUUUGGGGAAAAGACUUGGGGGGUGGGAGGGGAGAAGAAGCUUUGAAGAGAUUUUUCACAAUGAGAAAAAAAAUGAAAACAUAAGAAAAACAUACUGCAUUGUGGAUGCAGUCUGUUGCAAAUGCUGAACUUGUUUUUUAUUAUCAUAAUUAUUAUUUUACAUGGCAAAGUUGCUGUCAAUGACAUUAGUGCUUUUUAUCUGCCACAUUUUACCUUUUUUAUGAGCUUUAAGAUGUUUUUAGCCCGCUUUGCUUGUCACACUGCAAAAAGAAAAAAAAGGAAGAAGAAAAAAAUUAUAAAAUUAACAAAAAAACAAAACAAAAAAAACUACGGUUUAAUUUCUGGCAGUGAAACAAAAACAGUAGAUUCAGUAGGAGCUAACGGUUUCAACCAAUCAGUGCAAAAGCAAUAGAAGAAAUUGUUGACAAUUUCUGUAGUCUUUCCUAGUUGUGGAUCAAAUGCAGCCCAUGGAUGGCCAUUUUUAUACCAAAGAUGAAGAGACACUCUGAACCAGAGUUUUUUUUUAUUUUAUUAUUUUUUUUUCCUUUUCAUUUUUCAGUUGGAUUUUGUUGUUGUUGAUGUUGUUG